AUGUACACCAUUAUCUCUACCGCGCUUUUCCUGCUCUUUGUACCUGCCAAGGUUAUUGCCGGCUGUCCUCCAGCACCACAGCCAGAACCCAUCACGGUAGUUGAGCUGCCAUUACCUCCAGUCGCGCCGUCAGAUGCACAGGGCUCGUGCGUUAACCCAACAGGGUGUAUUGGCCAGACAGAUGAAUUGCGCAAUGGGAACUUCCUGCCAGACAACAACCAUAUAGUUGCAACGGUCAACUUUACAGGAGCACCAGCAGGGGGCAUCUACAGUGGAUUGCAAUUGAUCGUCUUACGAACCAAUGGAACCGCCUUUCCCAAUGGAGACGCAUGGAAAUGUAUCACCUGUGGCGUUCCAGAAUCGCAAAAAAUGGGGAUAACCGAGAUGCUUGAAUACCCGCAAGCAUUCAAGGAUGGCCGCCGGGUUCUUGUUGGCUCCAAUAUCGUUGACGGCGGUGCCCUGCUUUCAAGUGAUGAAUGCACACCAAAUAGCACCUGGAUUUACCCAAUUCGCUGGAACAUUGCCGCUGAUGGCUCUGGCGAAGGUGGUGUCAUCCGUGAGCUACGAAUUCAUCCUGACAACGUUCAUCUGGGGUUCAAUGCAUAUACGACUAAUAGUGCUUCCAUUGAUGAAUUUGCUUACUUUUCCCGCUUGUCGUUUAAUCCAAAACCAACAGCAGGUCUUCCCCUUGUCCCGAGAUAUGACUUGCACAAUGUUACCCGUCUAUUCAACCCUGAUGCUCCACCUCAGAUAAUCGUAUCUGGGACUACCCUGACCAUCAACUACUCUGCCAUAAACGUGGGUGAGUUCCGAGGAUUCAGCGGCCUCGGCCGAGAGAUGUUCUAUGUUGGCCCUGUAUGGGAAUCUGGCAACAUUGAUCUCUUCGCAGUCGAUCAGAUUACUGGUGUUGUUCGCCGCGUGACUGAGAACCCGGGGUACGCUGAUCCUAUCGACUCAAGCCACGACGACAAGUGGAUUGUCAUUCUGGAUACCCGAAGUACACAUCGAACUAUGUUCAUGGACGGGAUGCGCCAUGUUCCUCCACUUACAGAUCUCGUCAGUGUUCCAGCCUCAUCCUCAAUCCGCAACAACGGUGCUCGCCGCUUCUUCGAGCCUUGGAUACUCAACUACGGCGGUGACUGCGGCAACUACUUUGGCCAACAGGUCAAUGGACAAGGGGACGGGAGCCCAGGAAGUAUCAACGACCCACAAUGGAAUGCUCAGGCAGAUCCCAGGUGGUCCUGGGACGGCACGAAGAUCGCAUACUAUCAAGCCUUAACCGUUUCUCCUGCUUGUGGAGGUGCCAACCCGCUACCUUGCCCCGUCUCAACCGCGCAAGGCGGUCGUACAUACCGAAUUAUGCUGGCAACACUCACCAGCCGGACCCCACAGAAGAUGCGACUUAUUGAGCCUGUAUCUGACGUCGUGCCUUGGGGGGUUCCCUACGUGGCAGGCACUGCAGACCCGAGCCGUCCCUCUCCUAAGCAGGGCAACUACACACUCAUUGGCAAGCUAUCUGGAUUUGCAGCGGUCUCGCUGAUCAACAGGAGCAGCGGAGAUGGCCUUGCAACGGUGGGUGUGACCUACCACAACUUCUCAGAUGAUGGAUUUCAUUACCUUUCUGGUAAUGAGCAGGUUACAUCAACAGCCAUCUCACAGACUUUAUCGCGCUUUGACUGGGAGUCUAACCUUACCUCCACUGGUGCCACAUAUAGCACCAAGGUCACUUCUCCGGGAGGGUUUCAUCUAUCACUUGACGUUCUGGAGAAUGAAUUCGAUGCGAAUGGCACGCUGACCACCACUGUGAAUGGGGAUAUUUACUUUCAACCUCUGAACUAUACCUAG